UGACAGGUUGUCCAGCUUCUUACAGCUAUCUUCCCUCAAAAACAUAAAGUUAACUUUUAUUUUCUGACUGAUGGAGUUAAUUAUUUGAAGUUAUUUCAGUGCCAAAGAACCUGAAGAAGCACCAUCACUUUGGUUACUUUAAUCUCUUACUUAGGAAUCAUUGUCACUGUGCCAGAGUGCCAGAGUUGGAUUUCAACAUCUGGAGGAAUUAGAAAAGCAUGCAAGACAAUACUUCUGAAUCUUCAACGUCAAUAACUCAACUUCUGAGAGAGAGCUAUUUAGCUGAAAACAGCCAUCAAGGUAAUAGUGAAAGGAGUAGAUCAGAAUCUUCUCUGCAUUCUGUCCAUUCUGGGAGUACUUCCAGGGCUUCUGAUGAGGUAACUGGCCAGGAUGAACUUCCAGAUCUUUCUGCCUUUUUGAGCCAAGAAGAGCUAGAUGAGAGCGUGAAUUUGGCCAGACAAGCUAUCAAUCAAGAACCACCUGAGAACAGCCAAGAAGAAGAGCAGCAGAUCCACGUGUUCUUACCCUCCGAGUUGAAAAACUCUGAAAAUAUUAUUUCAAAGAAGAAGCAGUUCCCAUCUACGGCUUCACCAACUUCAGGCAACCAUCCAAAGAAGCAGCAGCCAUUUGGAUCAGAGACAGAAUCGAAGAAAGAGUUGCUCAACAAGGCUGCCGAUUUUAUUGAGGAGCUUUCUUCUCUUUUCAAAGCACACAGUUCAAAAAAAAUCAGGCCCAGGACAUGCAAAAACUACAGGAGCAAACUUGACUCUAAACACAAGGCCAACCAAGACAAUUCAUCUGAAAACAGGGAAAGGCCUUGUGUUCCAAUAUCUCAAGAAUCAGAUCAAAUCCAGCCUUCACUGGAAAAUCCAGCUUAUCCUCAACAGGCAGAUGUGGAAGUGGUCCAUACAUUAGAAAAUCCAGAAUUAAGCACAGAUACAUCAGUUGCACCUUUUUAUUCUGAGGAGCCAAUAGGUCAACCGCCACAUUUUACUCAGAAACUGAAAAGCAGAGAAGUCUCUGAAGGAACCAAAGUGCAGUUGGACUGCAUUGUAGUAGGAAUACCAACACCUGAAAUCAGGUGGUAUUGUGAAGGGAAAGAGCUUGAAAAUUCACCAUAUAUUCAGAUCAUCCAAUCUGGAGAGUUGCAUUCACUAAUUAUUGUUGAAGCUUUUGAGGAAGACACUGGGCGCUAUUCCUGCUUUGCAUCCAACAUCUAUGGGACAGACUCAACAUCUGCAGAGAUUUAUGUAGAAGGGGCCUCGUCUUCAGAAUCUGAAAGUGACAACAGCAAAGAAGAAAUGGAUCGGUACCAAAACCAGACUAAGACCUCACCCGCUGCACCUCCUCCUGCUCCCCUUCCUCCUGCUCCUCUUCUUGCUAAUUCUUCUGCAACCCAUCAAGAAGCCAUUCAACCACAACCUUUGAUGAAACAUCCUGUCUCAGUUCCUGUGUAUCAGAAUCAGAGCCCUACUAAUUAUUUACAAGGACUGGACGGAAGACCCCUAAUAGCAGCUCCUGUGUUCACCAAGAUGCUACAAAAUAUAUCCGCCUCUGAGGGUCAGCUGGUCGUGUUUGAAUGUCGGGUAAAAGGAGCUCCUUCUCCAAAAGUGGAGUGGUACAGAGAAGGCACAUUGAUAGAAGAUUCUCCAGACUUUAGAAUAUUACAGAAAAAACCUCGCUCCAUGGCUGAGCCAGAGGAGAUCUGCACUUUGGUCAUCGCUGAAGUCUUUUCAGAAGAUUCGGGAAGUUUUACAUGCACGGCGAGCAAUAAAUAUGGGACCGUCUCCAGCUCAGCUCAUCUAAUUGUUAAAGGGCCUGUGGACCAGACAAGUAAUGCUGCUCUUCAUACCAUAAGUUCUCUCAAUUUAGUGGCUUCUGAACACCAGCCUUCAGCGUCUACCCCUUCAUUUUCAUUGGUGGAUAACCCUCCAAAACCUAAAUUGGAAAGUGUUCUGGUAAAUCACAAUGAGCCCCGGUCAAGUUCCAAAAUUGGCCUUCGUGUGCACUUUAAACUCCCUGAAGAUGAGAAGGGAAGUGAAACAUCAUCAGAAGAUGGAAGCGGACUUAAAAAUCAAGCCAGACCAAACAGUUUUCCAAAUAAAAUCAAUGGACAGGCUUUUAAGCUUCAGGAGCCCUCUUCACCCUCCAAAGAGCCACCACCUCUCCUGGCUAAACCUAAACUGGAUGCCACCCAGUUAAAACAACUACACAAUCAGGUGUUGUUUGAGCAACAGCAAAUCCAUCAACCAUCUCACCCAGUUCCACCAGAGUCAUUAUUCAAUACUGGCCCAGGAAAAUCUGCUACUUUGCCCAUUCAGCAUCAGCACCAGAAGCAACCUGCAUCAGCUACACACAAGCAGAACAAGGUUCCUUCUACACAGACGUUCACAUAUACCCGACCUAAACAGUUCCUGGCAUCUCAAAACACCUCAGCAGCUAGUAGCCCUUCUAGCUCCUCUGUGUCUUCUUUCAGCAACGUACCUCAAGGAACCCAGAAAACAACGAAGAAGGAAAACCUCUUAGUAUCUCCUCCACCCGCCCAAUCGAGAUCUCCAGGAAGGUUGACAAACCAAAUGGAGCAGCUUCUUCCAAGUCCCAGAGAACAUGUGUUGCCACCACUUCUGCUCUCUGUGUCUAACAUGAAUCAGUUCCAGCCCCAAAAUGUGCUUCCUACACCUCUGUCUCCUACUGGUCGGAUUCAGAAUCCCGUAGCUUUCCUGAGUGCUGUUCUACCUGCGCUUCCUUCUACACCCCCAACAAAUGCCAUGGGUCUGCCUAAAUGUGCACCUGCUAUGGGAAGCCAUGGAAUGCUGAAGAAAAAUCUCAACCCUUUGCAGUCAUCAACAGAGGAUGCCAUGAAAGAUCACAAAGCCGCCGUUAUGAAAGGUUUAGAGAAACGGCUGCAUUUAUGGAAUGACGAAUCUUUCCACAGUCAACAGAAAACAGCCUAUGAUGAAAAUCUGGCUCACGGGCUACAGGGACCCAGCCCUCAUUCCCCAACUUUCAACUUUACCGCUGAGGAAGUAUCCCAGGAAUAUAAAAUUUCCAAUUUUGAGCAGAGAUUAAUGAAUGAAAUAGAGUUUCGGCUUGAACGUACUCCCGUGGAUGAAUCAGAUGAUGAGAUCCAACAUGAUGAGAUCCCUACCGGCAAAUGCAUUGCUCCAAUUUUUGACAAGAGACUCAAGCAUUUCCGUGUCCCGGAAGGAUAUCCAGCUACAUUCACUUGCAAAAUUGUUGGAAUCCCCGUACCCAAGGUAUACUGGUUUAAGGAUGGCAAACAAAUUUCGAAGAAGAAUGGACAUUUCAAAAUGAUUCGAGAUGAGGAUGGCACUUGUUCUUUACAUAUUGAAGCUACUACAAACGAUGAUGAUGGAAACUAUACAUUCAUGGCUGCAAAUCCUCAGGGAAGAAUCAGCUGCUCUGGUCGUUUGAUGGUUCAGACUCCUACACUACGGAGUAGAUUAUCAACACCUAUCCAGUCUCACAGGGGAAGGUCCCGUGUAUCAGAAAGAGAUCGGGAACCUCUGCAGGAACGUUUUUUCCGGCCAUAUUUCCUGCAGGCACCUGGGGACAUGGUAGCCCAUGAAGGCCGGCUUUGCAGACUCGAUUGCAAGGUAAGUGGCUUACCACCACCAGAACUGAUGUGGCUUCGGAAUGGCAAGCCUGUAUUACCAGAUGUCACUCACAAAAUGCUGGUCAGAGAAAAUGGAGUACAUUCUUUACUUAUUGAUCCUCUCAGACAAAAUGAUGCUGGAAUCUACACCUGCGUAGCCACCAACAAAACAGGACAAAAUUCCUUCAGCUUGGAACUGUCUGUUGUAGAAAAGGAAGUUAAAAAAGCCCCAGUGAUACUAGAGAGACUACAGAACUGUGGGGUGCCAGAAGGACAUCCUGUCCGAUUAGAAUGUAGAGUAAUUGGAAUGCCACCCCCAAUAUUUUUCUGGAAGAAGGACAAUGAAACCAUACCUCCCCACAGGGAGAGGAUGAGUAUGCACCAAGAUGCUACAGGAUAUGUUUGCCUUUUGAUUCAGCCUGCCAAAAAAGUAGAUGCUGGUUGGUACACUUUGUCUGCGAAAAAUGAAGCCGGUAUUGUCUCUUGCACUGCUAGACUUGACAUAUACGCUCAGUGGCAUCACCAGAUAUCUCAGCCAAUCAAGUUUCGCUCAAGCAGCACACGGUAUGCACACCUCAUGGGACAAGGACUCGACAUUUUCUCUGCUUUCUCCGCUGUUGAGAAUCCAGCACGCUUUUCAUCUCCUUCCCAGCCUGUGGUAGAAAGUGAAGAACUGUAAGAAAAAAAAGGUUCAAAUUCUCCCUGAAAGUAAAGAAAUACUAGAACUGUGAAAAGGAACGGAAGGAGACAUGCUGAAACGUUGAAGGUUUACAGCUAAUAUAAUUGAUAAACGGUAAAGAUAUUGAGAGCCAAGAUUUCGAUGUGGCAUCAUACCAUGCAGCUGUUGUGGUAUAGAAUAUACUGCAACAAAUUUUGUGCUGUAUUACUUUCGUUCCACGGGUUAUGAAGAAAAGUGACCUUGUUUUCAGCUGUUAAAAAAGUUAAAAAAAAGAUGUGCCCAUUUUCCUGCUAAGAUUUUACGGCAGUUAAACAGGCACUUGGUUAAGAUUUGGAUAGCUGUCUGAAAGGUACCAAGAAGGACAUUUACAGUGAUGGUAAUCAUUCUGAGGAAGGAGAAACCAAAUACAGGGGCAUCUGGAAAGGGAAAGAGGCUCGAAAAAGUCAAGAUGGCAGUUUCCACCACUCUUCCAUGACACCAUCUUACUUUUUGGAUCCCCUACAUACACCCCUAAAUCCCUGGUUUUGAAUACAGUAUUGGCUGGUAGUCACAAAACACAGAUCCAAUACAAAAAAAAUAAAUAAAACUGUGACUGAUCAGUUUGCUAAGAAUUCAUACAAAUGAAAUAAUUAGCCAACCCAAAACUAGAUAAGUGUAACAUUUCAGAUAGAAACUGCUUCUAAACAAUAGAAAUUUUUUAAAGUGUGACUCUUAUACUCAUGAAUCUUGCACCCAAAGAGGGCUCUUAAUAUUAGUGUUAAGGUGCCCUGUUGUUAGGCUGCAGGCAUACGCUUACCUUAAAGUAAGUCCACUCAACUAUAAGAGCCUUACUUCUGAGGAAUAUGUAUAGGAUCAUACUGCAAUUAGCUAUAAAACAGCUUAUGUACCACAAAGCCCAUAUUAUAGUCAUCCCACAAGCUCCCAAUGGUAUAUACAUUUUGAAGCAUGCUUAUUUUUUUUUCCAUAUUUAGAAAUCAAUAUUUGAACAAAAACAAAAAUGCCUUGCAUGUUGUUUUUGUUUCUUUGGUCUUUAGAUAGGAUUUUUUCCUAUCUUCAGAAUUCUACAUAACUUGCAUAUAUACAUACCUAUUAUCAAAAUGGAUUAGGAUAUUCCCUUUAAAUUAUAGCCUUCUUGCAGACAUGGUUGGGUCUAGAUAAUUGCAUUUUUUUCCUUGGAAAUAAUCCUAUUCCUUUACAACAACCUCACCUCUAUUUUUCCCCAUUUUGAGCAUCCAGAGGUCGCUGUACCGAGAAUAAAAUUCUUCCAUAGAUGACACUAAUUAAACAAAAAGGAAUUAUCAUUUAGUCCAAACUUAACAAUCAAACUUCAUUCACCUUGGAUAUUGAUUGACCUCCCAUAUUUAAAACAAAUAAUUCAAAGAGGCCAUAAAGCAAAGAGAUUUUGUUAGCACAUGAUAUAAAUCAGUACAUGCAAUUAACCAGUUUUAUUGCAUUCUGCUUUUAGUCAAUAUUCUAAAUGAAAACCCAUUAAAGUUUGAAAUGCAUAUUAGCAUUGUUAUGCUUAAACUACAACUCAGAUAUACGAUGCUAAUUUCACUGUGAAAGAAUACAUUUAUUUCUAUCAGACUUGCCAAAGAACUUUAUAAUACUGGGUAUUAUUAGCAGUGAAUAGUUAUUGGCUAUAUAUUUUAAACAAAGUCUCAAUUCUCUGAAAAACUACAACUAAAUUGAAAUCCAGCUCAGGAUUAAAAUAUUUUGAACUUUGCACUAGUACUAGGAAUUCACUGGCAUUAAUUACGGCAUUUUAUAAUCCAAUCCUUCCACAAUAGCCAAACCUAUUUUCUUUUUGGGAGUGUUUCUGGGUGAGACAGAAAAGGAGAUUUUCUAGGAAACUGUAGUCACCAUACAUUCAGAAAGGGGAAACCUGGUUUAAAUAGUUUUUCUCACUAGUGUCUUCCAUGUGUUUGGGCUACAGCAUGCUGAAAUUUAUAAUCCUCAAGUAGCUGGAGAAUUCCAGUUUGGAGAAAUCAUCAUAUGAGGUAUUAUGUGCCUUAAAAAGAAAUUUGAAUUAAGAGCAGUGACCUCAUCAAAAUAAUACAAGUAGACUUCAACAAAUGACCACACAUGGGACCAGUACAUCUGUUGCUAAGUGAUGCUGUCAUUAAAUAAGUCAACCCUGAUUUUAUGACCUUUUUGCCACAGUUGUUAAGUGAAUCACAAUUGUCAUUAAGCAAAUACAGCUUUUCCCAUUGACUUUGGUUGUUGGAAGCCCCCUGCGAAGUCACAAAUGGCAUUUACAUGACAUCAAGAUGCUGCAACUGGCAUAAAUUCUUGCCGGUUACCAAAUGCCCAAACUUUCAUUACAUGUCCCCAGGAACAACUGUGAUGAUCGUAAGUGCAAGGGCUGCCAUAAGACAAUUUUUUCAGCACCAUCAUAAUUUUGAAUGGUCAUGAAGCACGUGGUCAUAGGUCGAGGACUACUUGUAUGAGAUUUCCGAUAAUUGUUGACCCUGGGAAUAAUAUUUCCGUGACUUCUGUCAUUUCUUCCUAAUUAUCAGAGGUUAGUGUCUUGUUCCUAAGAAGACCUAGUGCCCAGGAAAGCAUCUUCUCUGCUUUGUUAUAAAUGAAGCCGGAAUCUAAAUCUCUAUUACUCAACCUUGGCAAUUUGAAGAGGUGUGCAUGUCAAUUUCCAGAAUUCGAUAACCAGCAUGCUGGCUGGGGAAUUCUGGGAGUUGACAUCCACCCCUCUUCAAGUUGCCAAGGUUGAGUAAUACAGCUCUAAAUUAAAGUGUGAUUGCCAUGAGAUCAAACUGUUUCAUUAAAAUCCCAAAUACUCUUAUAGAGGCAACUGAAUCUUCCCAACUGAGCAGAACAUGAGAAGGUCCUUCUAAAUUUUGAUCAAGAGAACAGUACCUUCUUCCAAACAGGGUUGUAAAAUCACUUUGGACAGUUCAUAUUAUAAAGAAAAAUUGAAGACAUCCCUUAAGUAUUAAAAGAAAUGCUGUUCUUGUAUCCAGGUAGCUUAAACAGAAAUAUGAUGGCAGAGGAAAUAGAAAGCAUUAUGUGACAACAAUAAUGUAUCUCAGCAGCAUAGGGAUUCACUGAAGUCAUGCAACUUCCCAAAAUUUUGUAAAAAAUAGUCUACUUUCAUAUGGAAAAUGUUCCAGGAGAAAAAUUGAGUAUGCCUGAAGAAUCAGAUAUAAAUGAAUGAAUAUCACUGAUUAGGUAAAUGUAAUUGUCAUGUAUUGAUGUACAUUUGUGAAAACGUAUGUAUCAGUGGUGAAAUUCAAUUUUUUUUACUACCGGUUCUGUGGGCGUGGCUUGGUGGGCGUGGCUUGGUGGGCAUGGCAGGAGAAAGAUACUGCAAAAUUCCCAUUCCCUCCCCACUCCUGGGAGACGGAUAUUGCAAAAUCUCCAUUUCCACCCCACUCUGGAACCAGCCAGAGGUGGUAUUUGCCAGUUCUCCAAACUACUGAAAAUUUCCGCUUCCGGUUCUCUGAACUACUGAAAAUUUCCACUACCGGUUCUCCAGAACCUGUCAGAACCUGCUGGAUUUCACCCCUGAUAUAUAUCUCCUGUAGUACAGGGAAUAUGUGUGUGUGCUUUCAAAUUUAAUGACUGAAACUAUUCAGAAAAACAUGGACAUUUACCCAAUAGCAAUUCCUUGCCAUUUGAUCAGUGCUGGACCCAGUGCAAUUUAAUCAAGACAAACUUUAAUUCAGUAGCUUAUUUGGCAUAUAGAAAGUAGCCCUUCCUUGAUAUGUGUAACUGAUAUCAAAUCAACUGAGUGGGUAGAUUUAUGUGGAAAAAAAGGCCAUUGUGGCUAUUGAAUAUUGCUGAAAGACAACAUCUUUCAGAAUUUCCAGACUUUUCUUCUUGCAGAAGACAGUUUCAUUUCUCUUUUUUAUUUAUUUCAUAAACUAGAACGUAAACUUUGCACUAGAAACAAGUUCUUUCGUUUUAUGCAGCCAAAGUCAUUCCUACAAAUUUCCACAAGGAAAGAAAGCUCAUGGAAGCGAAAUAAAUCUAUUUUCUUUUGAAAUCCUUGCUGACUUAAUAAAGAUGCUGAGUGUGCUUCCAAACCAGGGAAGCUAGAAUAAAUGGGCAUCAACCCCUGGAAGAAUAUUCACUAUCAUAAUCAAAUCAUCUCUUUCAUAAGCCAUUCAGUCUGCUUCAAAGAGCUGGAGCGCUAUAGAACAGGAUGAAGGAGAAAGAGGAGGCAGAGACAAGAAAUACAUGGGUUGAAUGAAAGUGCAUUCAGGAUUGGAUGGCGCCCAAUAGCUUCUACAAAACGGUGUUUCUCAACCAUGGUAACUUUAAGACAGAUGGACUUCAACUCCCAGAGUUCCUCAACCAGUCAUGCUAGAUGGGGAAUUCUAGGACUUGAAGUCUACACGUCUUAAAGUUGUGAAAACCUGCUGAAGAGCAUGUCCACAUUUAUUUUAUUUAUUUAUUUUAUUUAUUAUUCAUAUUUCUAUGCCGCCCACUCUCCGAGGACUCUGAGUGGCUUACACCAAAGACAGUAUACUAAAUAGCAUAUUGCCCCCAACAAUCUGGAUCCUCAUUUUACCCACCUCGGAAGGAUGGAAGGCUGUGUCAACCUUGAGUCGGUGAGAUUUGAUCCGCUGAUCUGCUGAACUAGCAGUCAGCUGAAGUAGCUGCAGUACUGCACUCUAACCACUGCACCACCUCGGCUCAUUCUUCUAUUAAUAUAUUUAUUGGGAUUCUGGUUUCUUUUCUGAACCUGCUAAAUUCCAAUAAAAGAUUAGAGAAUCCAAAGGACUCUAAAAACAACUGUUUUGCAUAAGAGGAUACUACAAAGCAAAGAAAAUGCUUUUGUGUUUUGAGAUUAUUUCACAUGCAGUAUACCAGCCCCGAACUUUAGAUAUCCUUUUUCAGUGAAACCAUGCAGUAUCGCUGUGAAAGCACAACUUCAGAAAUGUAACAAGGAGGAUAUUCUGUGGAAAUAUUAGUGAAAAUUUGAAAAAUGGAUUCACCACAAAUAAUACUGGGCAGUCACUUGGAAUCUUCAUGGUUCUCAUAUAAGUCAGCAAAGCACAAAUAUAAAUGAUAGCACCAUUGUCUUCCUAUUUCUGAUGUAAAAAUAUUUUUUUUUUAAAAAAAUAGAUCAAUUGAUCCACUGCUUUGUUGUAAACUCUUGAUUUGUGUCAUAGAAAGGCACAGUAUAAUAUAUAUAGGGAACUGUUGUAAAAUUCACAGCAAACACUGUUCUGUGGGGAAAAAAUGACUUCACCUACCCACUUUAAUCAAUAUCUGAAUUAAUAUAGCAGGAAAAUCAAAUGAAACUUCCUACCUGUUAAAUGAAGUAUGUAUUGCACAACUCAAUGGCCUUACAUUCUACCCAUAUGACGUUGUUAUUUUUCCAUUAAAAUGGGUUUUUAAUCCUAGUAAUAUAUAAGGUACAUAUCUUUGAUGGAAAGAGGGAUGGGAAUGAACGGUAUGUUCUAAAGUAUAUUUUAAAUGCAUAUAAAGAAAAAUGCCAAACUGUUCAGCAAAUGUGUUUUUCCUCAUCCAUUGAAUAAAUGCUUCAGAGUCGCAUUAUACAA